GUUGUGAGGAGUUGUGGGGGAGUGAGGGAGAGAAGAGGUUGAAAAGCUUAUUAGCUGCUUUACGGUAAAACCCAGAGAAAGUGAGCUCUUACGGGAAUGUGGCUUUAGCCCUCCAGGGAUUCUAUUCAGCCCGCCAGGAAUUAACUUUGACUAUAAAUAGGCCAUCAAUGACCUUUCCAGAGAAUGUUCAGAGACCUCAACUUUGUUUAGAGAUCUUGUGUGGGUGGAACUUCCUGUUUGCACACAGAGCAGCAUAAAGUCCAGUUGCUCUGGGGAGUGUUUGGGACCAGAUGGAUUGUAGGGAGUAGGGUACAAUACAGUCUGGUCUCCUCCAGCUCCUUCUUUCUGCAACAUGGGGAAGAACAAACUCCUUCAUCCAAGCCUUGUUCUUCUCCUCUUGGUCCUCCUGCCCACAGAUGUCUCAGUCUCUGGAAAACCGCAGUAUGUGGUUCUGGUCCCCUCCCUGCUCCACACUGAGACCCCUGAGAAGGGCUGUGUCCUUCUGAGCUACCUGAACGAGACAGUGACUGUAAGUGCUUCCUUGGAGUCUGUCAGGGGAAACAGGAGCCUCUUCACUGACCUGGAGGCAGAGAACGAUGUACUCCACUGCGUCACCUUCGCUGUCCCAAAGUCUUCAUCCAAUGAGGAGGUAAUGUUCCUCACUGUCCAAGUGAAAGGACCAACCCAAGAAUUUAAGAAGCGGACCACAGUGAUGGUUAAGAACAAGGAAAGUCUGGUCUUUGUCCAGACGGACAAAUCAAUCUACAAACCAGAGCAGACAGUGAAAUUUCGUGUUGUCUCCUUGGAUGAAAACUUUCACCCUGUGAAUGAGUUGAUUCCACUAGUGUACAUUCAGGAUCCCAAAGGAAAUCGCAUCGCACAAUGGCAGAGUUUCCAGUUAGAGGGUGGCCUCAAGCAAUUGUCUUUUCCCCUCUCAUCAGAGCCCUUCCAGGGCUCCUACAAGGUGGUGGUACAGAAGAAAUCAGGUAGAAGGACAGAGCACCCUUUCACCGUGGAGGAAUUUGUUCUUCCCAAGUUUGAAGUACAAGUAACAGUGCCAAAGAUAAUCACCAUCUUGGAAGAAGAGAUGAAUGUAUCAGUGUGUGGCCUAUACACAUACGGGAAGCCUGUCCCAGGACAUGUGACUGUGAGCAUUUGCAGAAAGUAUAGUGACCCUUCUGACUGCUUUGGUGAAGAUUCACAGGCUUUCUGUGAGAAAUUCAGUGGACAGCUAAACAGCCAUGGCUGCUUCUAUCAGCAAGUAAAAACCAAGGUCUUCCAGUUGAAGAGGAAGGAGUAUGAAAUGAAACUUCACACUGAGGCCAAGAUCCAAGAAGAAGGAACAGUAGUGGAAUUGACUGGAAAGGAGUCCAGUGAAAUCACAAGAACCAUAUCCAAACUCUCAUUUGUGAAAGUGGACUCAAACUUUAGACAAGGGAUUCCCUUCUUUGGGCAGGUGCGCCUGGUAGAUGGGAAAGGCGUCCCUAUACCAAAUAAAGUCAUAUUCAUCAGAGGAAAUGAAGCAAACUAUUACUCCAAUGCUACCACGGAUGAGCAUGGCCUUGUACAGUUCUCUAUCAACACCACCAACGUUAUGGGUACCACUCUUACUGUUAGGGUCAAACACAAGGAUCGUAGUCCCUGUUACGGCUACCAGUGGGUGUCAGAAGAACACGAAGAGGCCCAUCACACUGCUUAUCUUGUGUUCUCCCCAAGCAAGAGCUUUGUCCACCUUGAGCCCCUGCCUCAUGAACUACCGUGUGGCCAAACUCAGACAGUCCAGGCACAUUAUAUUCUGAAUGGAGGCGCCCUGCAGGGACUGAAGAAGCUCUCCUUCUAUUAUCUGAUAAUGGCAAAGGGAGGCAUUGUCCGAGCUGGGACUCAUGGACUGCUUGUGAAGCAGGAACACAUGAAGGGCCAUUUUUCCAUCUCAAUCCCUGUAAAGUCAGACAUUGCUCCUGUCGCUCGGUUGCUCCUAUAUGCCGUUUUACCUACUGGGGACGUGAUUGGGGAUUCUGCAAAAUACAAGGUCGAAAAUUGUCUGGACAACAAGGUGGAUUUGAGCUUCAGCCCAUCACAAAGCCUCCCAGCUUCACACGCCCACCUGCGAGUCACAGCGGCUCCUCAGUCCCUCUGCGCCCUCCGUGCUGUGGACCAAAGCGUGCUGCUCAUGAAGCCUGACGCUGAGCUCUCGGCGUCCUCGGUUUAUAACCUGCUACCAGUAAAGGACCUCACUGGCUUUCCUGGGCCUUUGAAUGACCAGGACGAUGAAGACUGCGUCAAUCGUCAUAAUGUCUAUAUUAAUGGAAUCACAUAUACUCCAGUAUCAAAUACAAAUGAAAAGGAUAUAUACAGCUUCCUAGAGGACAUGGGCUUAAAGGCAUUCACCAACUCAAAGAUUCGUAAACCCAGAAUAUGUCCACAACUUCAACAGUAUGAAAUGCAUCGACCUGAAGGUCUACGUGUAGGUUAUUAUGAUUCAGAUGCAAUGGGAAGAGGCCAGGCACGCAAGCUGCAAGUUGAAGAGCCUCACACAGAGACCGUACGAAAGUACUUCCCUGAGACAUGGAUCUGGGAUUUGGUGGUGGUAAACUCGGCAGGUGUGGCUGAGGUAGGAGUAACAGUCCCUGACACCAUCACCGAGUGGAAGGCAGGGGCCUUCUGCCUGUCUGAAGACGCUGGACUUGGUAUCUCUUCCACUGCCUCUCUCCGAGCCUUCCAGCCCUUCUUUGUGGAGCUCACAAUGCCCUACUCUGUGAUCCGUGGAGAGGCCUUCACACUCAAGGCCACGGUCCUAAAUUACCUUCCCAAAUGCAUCCGGGUCAGUGUGCAGCUAGAAGCCUCUCCCGCCUUCCUAGCUGUCCCAGUGGAGAAGGAACAAGAGCCUCACUGCAUCUGUGCAAACGGGCGGCAAACUGUGUCCUGGGCAAUAACCCCAAAAUCAUUAGGAAAUGUGAAUUUCACUGUGAGUGCAGAGGCGCUAGAGUCUCAAGAGCUGUGUGGAACUGAGGUGGCUUCAGUCCCUCAAUAUGGAAGGAAAGACACAAUCAUCAAGCCUCUGUUGGUUGAACCUGAAGGACUAGAGAAGGAAAAAACAUUCAACUCCCUGCUUUGUCCAUCAGGUGGUGAGGUAUCUGAAGAAUUAUCCCUGAAACUGCCACCAAAUGUCGUAGAAGAAUCUGCCCGAGCUUCUGUCUCAGUUCUGGGAGACAUAUUAGGCUCUGCCAUGCAAAACAUACAAAAUCUUCUCCAGAUGCCCUAUGGCUGUGGAGAGCAGAAUAUGGUCCUCUUUGCUCCUAACAUCUAUGUUCUGGAUUAUCUAAAUGAAACACAGCAGCUUACUCCAGAGAUCGAGUCCAAGGCCAUUGGCUAUCUCAACACUGGUUACCAGAGACAGUUGAACUACAAACACUAUGAUGGCUCCUACAGCACCUUUGGGGAGCAAUAUGGCAGGAACCAGGGCAACACCUGGCUCACAGCCUUUGUUCUGAAGACUUUUGCCCAAGCUCGAGCCUACAUCUUCAUCGAUGAAGCACACAUUACCCAAGCCCUCAUAUGGCUCUCCCAGAAGCAGAAGGACAAUGGCUGUUUCAGGAGCUCUGGGUCACUGCUCAACAAUGCCAUAAAGGGAGGAGUAGAAGAUGAAGUGACCCUCUCCGCCUAUAUCACCAUCGCCCUUCUGGAGAUUCCUCUCCCAGUCACUCAUCCUGUUGUCCGCAAUGCCCUGUUUUGCCUGGAAUCAGCCUGGAAGACGACACAAGAAGGGGCCCACGGCAGCCAUGUGUAUACCAAAGCACUGCUGGCCUAUGCUUUUGCCCUGGCAGGUAACCAGGAAAAGAGGAAGGAAGUACUCGAGUCACUUAAUGAGGAAGCUGUGAAGAAAGACAACUCAGUCCACUGGGAGCGCCCUCAGAAACCUAAGGCACCAGUGGGGCAUUUUUACGAACCCCAGGCUCCCUCUGCUGAGGUGGAGAUGACAUCCUAUGUGCUCCUGGCUUACCUCACGGCCCAGCCAGCCCCAACCUCGGAGGACUUGACCUCUGCAACCAGCAUUGUGAAGUGGAUCACGAAGCAGCAGAAUUCCCAGGGCGGUUUCUCCUCCACCCAGGACACAGUGGUGGCUCUCCAUGCUCUGUCCAAAUAUGGAGCAGCCACAUUUGCCAGAACUGGGAAGGCUGCACAGGUGACUAUCCAGUCUUCAGGGACAUUUUCCAACAAAUUCCAAGUGGACAACAGCAACCGCCUGUUACUGCAGCAGGUCUCACUGCCAGAGCUGCCUGGGGAAUACAGCAUGAAAGUGACAGGAGAAGGAUGUGUCUACCUCCAGACAUCCUUGAAAUACAAUAUUCUCCCAGAAAAGGAAGCGUUCCCAUUCGCGUUAGGGGUGCAGACUCUGCCUGAAACUUGUGAUGAACCCAAAGCCCACACCAGCUUCCAAAUCUCACUAAAUGUCAGUUAUACCGGGAGCCGCUCUGCCUCCAACAUGGCGAUCGUUGAUGUGAAGAUGGUCUCUGGCUUCAUUCCCCUGAAGCCAACAGUGAAAAUGCUUGAAAGAUCUAACCAUGUGAGCCGGACGGAAGUCAGCAACAACCAUGUCUUGAUUUACCUGGAUAAGGUGUCAAAUCAGACACUGAGCUUGUUCUUCACGGUUCUGCAAGAUGUCCCAGUAAGAGAUCUGAAACCAGCCAUAGUGAAAGUCUAUGAUUACUACGAGACGGAUGAGUUUGCAAUUGCUGAAUACAAUGCUCCUUGCAGCAAAGGUAAGUCACUCACACUCCUUCAAAAGGCAGUCAGAGCUCCUUCAGCUUGUCUCCCAAACUUUCUCCUUCAUAAAACCCUGGGUAAAUAUUUGUCAAAAACAUCAGAUUACUCACACCGCACAUUAUUAUAGAAAAACACAUUUACUGGAGAGGGCCACUGACUCUGUCAAACCUCAGACAGUCCGUAGGAUUGCUUAUGGGUAAAGAUUUGUAAUAGAUUUGGGUUCCCACUGUACUGACUAGGUUUCUUUGGGCACUAUGCCACUCAGAACUAAGGGAAAGAAUACUCUCUGCUCAUGGAGACCCAAGUCUGUCUUAAUUUUUUUUCUUUCCAAUGUCACAGAUCUUGGAAAUGCUUGAAGACCACAAGGCUGAAAACUGCUUUGCUGGAGUCCUGUUUUCUGAGCUCCACAGAAGACACAUGUUUUUGUAUCUUUAAAGACUUGAUGAAUAAACAUUUUUUCUGGUCUA